UUUACCUUGACUAAGAGAAGAGUGAUGAUGCGUCUUCUUCCUCUAGCAGCUUCGAUUUUGAGUUUUUUUUUGGUUCUUAGAUCUGGGCGUGCCCAAGCUCCUGCAUUCUUCGUCUUUGGUGACUCUUUGACAGAUCCCGGAAACAACAAGUUCCUCGUCACCACUGCUCAAGCAGCAUUUCGGCCAAAUGGAAUCGAUUUCCCAGGAGGGAAGGCGACAGGAAGGUUUUGCAAUGGAUUCACAGUCGUGGAUCUCAUUGCUCAAGAACUUGGGCUUCCUCUAGUCCCUGCUUAUCACGAUCCCAAGACAAAAGGCAGUGUGAUCCUCAAAGGAGUAAGCUACGCAUCAGGCGGCGCUCGAAUCCUCAAUGAUUCCUCUGUGAACUUCCUCCAGAAUAUCCAGCCGCUUGGGAAGCAGAUCCAGAAUUUCGUCAACACUAGGUCUGAGAUCGUUUUGCUUGUGGGAGGCGAGGACCCCGCAUUUGAUCUUUUGUCACGGUCAAUAUUUUUGUUUGCCCUUGGAUCCAACGAUUACUUGAAUUACAUGAACAGCACCAGGAGCAAAUCUCCGCAAGAAUUUCAAGAUGAAGUAAUCUCUGCAUACAAAGGCUACUUGAAUAGAGCCUAUCAACUAGGAGCUCGCAAAAUAGUGGUUUUUGCUCUUGGACCACUUGGUUGCAUUCCAUUUAAGAGAGAGGGCAAUAUUUUGGGAGCAAAUGGCAAGGCUUGCCAUGAAGAAGCCAACUCUUUGGCCGUGAAUUUUGACAGAGCACUCAAGGAUAUGGUUUCAGGGAUGAAUCGAGACUUGAAUGGAGUGAAGAUGGUGUUUGGAACUACAUAUGAUCUAUUUUAUGAUGCAACAAACAACCCUUCAAAAUAUGGAUUUGUGAAUGGCCGUGAUGCUUGUUGUGGAGUAUCACCCUUGAGAUUAUUCGCUUGUUUACCAUUAGGAUCAGUUUGUUCUACGAGAAACCAAUACUUCUAUUGGGAUGCUUAUCAUCCAACAGAGUCUGCAAACCGUCUCAUAGCCUCUGCUAUAUUAAGUGGGAACAAAACAAUUAUGUUUCCAUUUAAUCUAAAGCAGCUUAUUGAUCUCUAGUUAUAUGAACAAAACCAUUGCAUCAUAGAGUGAGCAUAAACAAAAUUUUAUAUUGUAA